AUGUCGAUAUUGUCUACUCAUUCGAUGCCUCAUGUGAUUUAUUUUGGAUGUGAACAACAUUUUGGAAAUGAACUAUGGGAUACAUCUUAUUUCUUUUCACUACUAUUUGAACUUCUGGACGAUUUUAAAGAUAUUUCAAAUGAAGAAUCUCGUCUCGUUGCUUUCAUUAUAUGUCGUCUUAAUGACAUUAAUUUAAAUUCACAAAUACCAAUCAAAUUAGUUAUUCAAAUAUUGAAAUAUUUUAAUAAUAUUCGAUUAAAAAUUCUUGUUCUGCUCGAACUUUUAAAUAUGUGUGAAACAAUUGAUUGUACUCGAGCACUUAUGUUGUUAUGGGAAUUUUCAACUUAUGGUUAUAUGAUUCUCUUUUAUAUAUUAGAUCGUAUUAAAUUUUCAAUUGUUGAUAAAGAUAUGGAAUGGAAAUCACUAUUAACUAUUUUCGAACCACUCGAAAAUAAAAAGCAUGCUGCUUACAUUCUGUUAGAUAAAACAAAUUUUUACAAACCAAAUAAAGCAACAAUUGUAUUUGGAUCAAAAAAGUUUGAACGAUAUUUUUGA